AUGCAUGCUGCCCUGUUCGCGCGGGCCUUCUCGGCCACGUCCAGGAGAGCCGAGAUUAACAAGGUCUACCCCUCGGCUACGGAGGCACUGAAGGACUUGAAGCCCGACUCGACACUGCUGUGCGGUGGCUUUGGGCUCUGCGGCGUCCCUGACACGCUGAUCGACGAGGUGUUGAACAAGCCCGAGAUUACUGGCCUGACAGCCGUCUCAAACAACGCCGGCACCGACGACAGCGGUCUCGGCAAGCUCCUCAAGACGAAACAGAUCCGCAAGAUGAUCGCUUCCUACAUUGGAGAAAACCGCACGUUCGAGAAGAUGUAUCUGACUGGCGAGGUCGAGCUGGAACUGACCCCGCAGGGUACCCUCGCCGAGCGAUGUGCGGCCGGCGGAAAGGGCAUCCCGGCCUUCUACACACCGGCCGCCUUCGGAACGGUCGUGCAGACUGGUGAGCUUCCGCUGAGGAACAAGGCCGACGGCUCCCCGGACCAGUACUCAUAUCCCAAGGACGUCAAGGUGUUCAACGGCAAGAGCUAUCUCCUCGAGCACAGCAUUGCCGGUGACUACGCCUUUGUCAAGGCGUACCGCGCCGACAAACUAGGCAAUUGCCAGUUCCGGCUCGCUGCCAACAACUUCAACGGAGCCAUGGGCCGCAACGCAAAGAUGACCAUUGUGGAAGCUGAGCACAUUGUCGAGCCGGGUGAAAUCCCGCCCGAGGCCGUCCACCUGCCUGGAAUCUACGUCAAGCGAGUCAUCCAGAGCACCAGCCCCAAGAAAAUUGAAAAGUACACCUGGGCCAAGGACGACGACGACGCCGAUGCUAAGAAGGCCCUGGGCACCGGUGACACGGCGGCGAAGCGCGAGCGCAUUGUGCGCCGGGCCGCCAAGGAGUUCCAGAACGGCAUGUAUGCCAAUUUAGGCAUCGGCAUGCCCAUGCUGGCUCCGGGCUUUGUUGGCCCCGAGGUGGAAGUCCAGCUGCAGAGCGAGAACGGCAUUCUUGGCCUGGGGCCCUACCCGAGGAAGGGCGAGGAGGAUGCUGAUCUCAUCAAUGCCGGCAAGGAGACAGUCACACUCAAGCCCGGCGCAGCGGUGUUCGGUAGUGAGGAGAGCUUUGGCAUGAUCAGAAGUGGACGUAUCAACUUGACUAUCCUCGGAGCCAUGCAAGUCAGCGCCAAUGGCGACCUUGCUAACUGGAUGCUGCCUGGCAAGGUCAAGGGAUUCGGCGGUGCCAUGGAUCUCGUUAGUAACCCAAGUGCGACAAAGGUCGUGGUCACGAUGGAGCACACGGACAAGAAGGGCAACGCGAAGAUCGUGAAGCAGUGCGCUUUCCCAUUGACAGGCAAGGCCUGCGUCUCAAGAAUUAUCACCGAGCUGGGCGUGUUUGAUGUUGACUUCGCGCAUGGAUUGACCUUGAUUGAGAUUGCGGAUGGUGUAACAGUGGAGGAGGUGAAGAGCAAGACUGAGGCACCUUUUACCGUCGCCGAAGACCUCAAGCCUAUGCUAUAA